CUCCUAGUCACUCACGCUUAUGCUGACCUUGGCAAUCGCCGACCCGUUCCUCAUACUCCGCAAAAGCCACGCAGUUAAACUGCUGCAUUAUCAUGCAAACUCCGUUAACUCCGUCUAAACUGAUGUCCUCGAAGAAUGGACAGGCACCCCAAUAUUCGGUUGGCGAAAGAUAUAUAGCGUUGUUUCCGCUUUUGAUUAUACUCAGUAAUGCACUUGGAUACGUAUCGAGCCUACAGGAGACAAACGGUUUCCCCGUACGUUACAAUGAUGGACUCUCACACCGUUUGGUUUAUCACCGGCUGCUCGUCUGGGGUUGGGAAAUCAUUGGUCGAGACUGCCUUCCAAGCCGGCCAUCACGUCGUGGCCACUGCUCGCAAUGCUGCAUCGCUGUCUUACCUACCAGAGGGGCCUCGUGUUCUCAAACUCGGCCUGGAUGUCACCUCGAAGAGUGAUAUCAUGCGGUCCUUGUCUACUGCGGUAGAGAGGUUUGGCCGCAUUGACAUAUUAGUCAACAAUGCCGGGUACGCUGUGAUGGGUGACACCGAAACCGUGCCGGAGUCAGAUGCCCGUCUUCAGAUGGAAACUCUGUUUUGGGGUCCGGUCUUUCUUACACAACAGGCAGUUCAUAUAUUUCGAGAGGUGAACCCUCCAGGCCAGGGUGGCACUGUGGUGCAGGUAUCUUCCAUUGGUGGACUCGUAACAUUUCCCGGCAGUGCAUUUUAUCAUGCUAGCAAGUUCGCCCUCGGCGGCUUUACUGAGUCGUUUGCCAAGGAGAUGAAUCCUGCUUGGAAUAUCAAAUUCGUGGUGGCUGCCCCUGGAGGGAUCAAGACAAACUUUGGUUCGAAUGUCAAGUUUGCCACUCGCCAUCCUGCCUAUGAUACCCCUGCUUCCCCGUUAAAUCAGUUGCUAGCAUAUAUGAUGAAUCCUGUAGUCCAGGAGACGUUCUCGACACCAGCGCAGUGCGCUAGAGUGCUCUUCGACGCUGUCACAGGACAGGCCCAGCGAGCGCUGCCGAGGCGGUUGUUGAUGGGUACUGAAACAAUUGCUCUACUAGAAGCAGAUCUCAAGACCACCACGGAGGACUUGGAAGCCUGGAAGAGCGAGACUAUGCGAUGUUCGUCAUAGACGUCCCACUACGAAAGUUCAAAUCCCUGCGAAAUCAUAUCGUAUUGUUUUCCGACAUCAAUAUCAACUCGAAUGAUUAAUAAUUCAGGCGUCUAUA